AUGUCAGGUGUACCUAAGGAGAAGAUAGAUCAUCUUAUAUUCAAUUAUUUUAUUCAAGAAGGAUUCCAAGAGGCCGCGAUUAGUUUUGCAAAAGAAGCAAAUAUUAAUUUAGUCCAGAACAAUAUUAUAUCAGGGUCAAAAAAUAGUUCUUUCUUAAACCAAUUAUCACGUUUAAGUUCUAGUCCUGAUGAAGAAUUCUAUGGAGCUGCUGAAGACUUGGCAGAUCAGGAGAAUUUGAAAUAUCUUCCUAAACAGGAAAGUCAGAAUUCAAAUGUAACUGCUGGGUAUUCCACAAUUAAUCAAAGAACAGAAAUAAAAGUACUAAUAUUGAAGGGUGAAAUAACUCUGGCUAUUCAAAAAAUAAGUGAGCAUUUUCCUACGGUAUUAGAUUCGAAUAACUUACUUCAUUUCAAACUAUUAAAAUUGAAUUUGAUUGAAAUGAUUCGAAAUCAUAAAUUGACUGCCAGUAAUGAUAAUGAAAAUGAAAGAAACUUUUUGAAUUGUACUUUGUCCUUUGUAAGGGAAAACUUGAUAAAUAAAGUAACAAAUAGCUAUAAGUUGCUUAAGGAGUUAGAAAUAACUAUGAGCUUGCUCUGCUUCAACUUUGACCCCACAGUCAAGAAAAUCGAAGAACAAAAAGAUUUGCCGGAUGAAUUGCGUUCUCUUUUCGACUUAUCUCUCAGGCACCAAUGCUACAGACUUGUUAAUAGGGCCAUUUUAGAUUUGGAUGACGAUGAAGUGAUAAAUGGUGGCUUCGGGAAGCAAAAAAUAUACAGGGGCUUUGGAUUUAUCGAAUUUGACUUUCGCAAAAUGAACCAGUCCAAUAAUAUGGACAGUUUAGGAAAUAUAGAAAUUGAUAUGCUUGAUGGUGAAGACUACGAAAUUGAUAAGUUAAACGAAGAAGGCAAAUAUACUCAUCAGUUAACACUGAUUGUGCAAUCGCAAGAUAAUUUUCCAAAGGAUAAUGACAAAGUAGAUGAUAUAGCCAAGUUGCAAAAUUUGUCAUUAGAAUCUAAAUUGGAGAGAGCUGUAAAGUUAUGGACAGUGACAGAACAAAGGCUAAUAGAUUUGAAGAUUAUUAAAGAAAAAAGGUUUCAAUUAAAUGAUGAGAAUUUAUAA